GUUAUCAGUUCAGUUGUAAAUUACACAACAAUUACAAAACAUCAUGGUCCAGACAGAGGAAAAAAUGAAAAAUUCAAAUUUUGAUUAUAAUUACGUGGUUAAAGUUGCUAGAACUUUACUCACGCCCCUCGGCAUUUGGCCACGAUAUGGCAAUAAUACGAUUUUUUCAAAAAUACAAGUUACGCUACACAUUAUCAUAGUUUUUAGUUUUAUGCUCUUUUUGUUGAUACCACAUCUAUUUUACACUUUCGUCGACGCUGAGGAUCUGAAGAAACUUAUGAAGAUUAUAGCAGCUCAGAUCUUCAGCAGUCUUGGUGUGAUUAAAUUUUGGACGAUGAUUAUUAAAAAGAAGGAGAUCAGAAAGUGCCUGGAAGAUAUUGAGGAGAAUUUUAAGAAUGUUGAAACUAAGGAAGAUCGAGAUGUAAUGGUUAAAAAUGCAAAGAUUGGUCGAAUGUUUACCAUUGCUUAUUUGGGUUUGUCAUAUGGAGGCGCCUUGCCCUAUCACAUUAUCAUGCCAUUAAUGGAGGAGAGAAUUGUGAGGGAGGAUAAUUCCACGCAAAUUCCUCUCCCUUAUUUGACGGAUUAUAUUUUCUUUCAAGUUGAAACGUCUCCUUUCUACUAUGAAAUCUUUGUUCUACAAAUUUUUAUUAGUAGCCUCAUAUUGUCGACCAAUUGUGGUGUUUAUAGUAUGUUGGCGGCGGUGAUUAUGCAUUCGGUUUGUCUUUUUGAAAUUGUUUGCAAGAGGCUGGAAAAUUUGUCUAAGGAAUUGAAUAUAGUUGCGGAGUUAAGAGUGAUUAUUGAAAUGCAUCAUCGAGCAAUUAAAUAUGCUGAAAGAAUAGAACGUUCUCUUAAUGUUGUAUUUUUAUGUGAAGUUGUCGGUUGCACAAUUAUCAUUUGUUUCUUAGAAUACGGAGUGUUACAAGAUUGGGAGGAAAAUGAUGCACUUGGAACAAUGACCUACGCCAUUCUAAUGACAUCAAUUUUCGUCAAUGUUUAUAUAAUUUGUUAUAUUGGGGAAAAACUGAAAGAACAAAGCUCAAGAGUUGGUUAUUCGACAUACUCUAUAGAAUGGUAUUCUCUCCCUAAAAAUGUAGUAGUAGAUUUGCUGUUUUUAAUGAUAAGAUCUGAACAUCCAACUUGUCUAACAGCAGCUAAAAUGGCUGAUCUUUCUCUGCAAGCUUUCACUGGCGUGGUAAAGACAUCUGCUGCAUAUUUAAAUUUCCUUCGAGCUCUUGAAAUUUCAUAAGAAUAUAAUUUUGGUAUUUUAUGAGUUUUUAAACCAAUGAAUUCAAAAAGACUUUUCGUGCGCC